AUGGCAUUCCCUGCUUUCCGCACUUUCAUGACCUCCCAGUCUGCUCGCAUGCUGGGCGCGACUGCUCGGAGAGCUGGACAACAGGCUGGUCGUCGCACUUAUUCUACCGCGAAGCCUGCUGAGGGCAAGGGGUCAGAUAUUCCAUGGCUCCUAGGCUCAAUUGGCCUGACCGCCCCAGCUUCGUUCUGGUUGUGGCAGUCCGGUCGCCCCGAGAAGCACGACGACCACGGCCACGGCGAACAUGCUGAGCACCCCGAGCCCGCGCAGGAGGAAAGCCAGGAACAGGCGGAAGCUGCCCCCGCGGGUGAAGCUGCUCCUCAGCCCGACCCCGAGGCAGAGAAGCCGGAGCCCAAGGAAGAGAAGGAAGAAUCCGCGGAAGUGAAGAAGUCUGAGGAGUCCCAGCCCAAGGAACAGGAGUCUGAGUCCAAGGAUGAGCAGACCAAGGAAGAGGCUAAGAGUGACGAUGCUCCCAAGGCUGAGUCAGAGGGUGAGAAGCCAAAGGAGGAGGCCCCCAAGUCUGAAGGCGAGCAGCAGCCCGAAUCCGGGAAAGAGUCUGAAAAGGUCGCCGACGAGAAGCAGUAA